AUGUCCAGACUCCUCUAUAUGCCUCGUUCCUCUCUGCCUUUGCUGCUGACUGUGCUCCUUGGCCUCUCUGGAAGCCAAGGCCAGGAAGAGCUCCAGGUGCUGCAGCCUAAGGAGCCUAUGUCUGUGGCAAAGGGAGAGAAGGUCACUCUGAACUGCACAGUGACUGACUCUGUGGUAUCAGGACCAGUCAAAUGGUUCAAGGGGGCAGGGCCCCAGAGGAAGGAAAUUUACAAUUUCAAAGGAGGCUCCUACCCUCGGAUAAAGGCAGCAGCCCUAUCUAGCAACACAGACUUCUCUAUCAACAUCAGCAACAUCACUCCAGAGGACACAGGCACCUAUUACUGUGUGAAGUUCAAAAGGGGAUAUUCUGACACAGAGUUUAAAUCUGGUGGGGGCACCAUGUUGUCUGUAAGCGUCAAACCCUCUGUGCCUUUGGUGUCUGGCCGCCAGGAGAGAGCAAGCAUGAACCAGAUGGUAAAUUUCUCCUGUAACUCUAUUGGCUUCUACCCCAAGAACCUCCUUUUGAAGUGGUUUAAAAAUGGGAAUGAGGGGCUCCCAGCCAUCUGGACCUGGGUUUUCCCUAAGGAAGAUAAUGCUUCCUACAAUGUCAUCAGCACUGUGCAGGUGUUGCUCACAGCCAGUGAUGUUCACUCUGAGAUCACUUGUGAAGUUCAUCACAUCUCAUUACAGACUGACUCCUCUUCAAGGGAAAAAGAAGUUGUCAGACAUUAUUCGAAGUGA